AUGAAGGGAAAUGAUGAUGAUGAUGAUGAUGAUGAUGAUGAUGCUUUGGAUGAUGAUGAUGAUGAUGAUGAUGAUGAUGAUGAUGAUGAUGAUGAUGAUGAUGAUGAUGAUGAUGAUGAUGAUGAUGAUGAUGAUGAUGAUGAUGAUGAUGAUGAUGAUGAUGAUGCUUUGGAUGAUGAUGAUGAUGAUGAUGAUGAUGAUGAUGAUGAUGAUGAUGAUGAUGAUGAUGAUGAUGAUGAUGAUGAUGAUGAUGAUGAUGAUGAUGAUGAUGAUGAUGAUGAUGAUGAUGAUGAUGAUGAUGAUUGA